AUCCCAACUUCUUUGUUUAAAGUACAAAAAUAAGGGGGCAAAAAGCUUGUAGAUUCUUGUUUGUUUACUUGUUUUCAUUAUGUUUUUGUAUUUUUUAUUUUGUGAUUAGGAGGUGAUUAGCUAGACUUACCACCUUCCAACCUUUAACCCACCAUAAUCGCACCUGUAAAGGUUUAGUUUGUCUCUAGUUCUCUUCUAAUUUGCCUACCUCUCUUUGAAUGAUGGAAUCUUUAUCGCUAUCUUCCAUCCCGGUUGCACCAAAAGCAUCUACAAGAUUGUCUCAAAUGCAAAGCCGGUGCCUUUUGGCAAAGAGGAAUGGCAUGAUAUAUUGUCAAAGUGGAAAAAAUGUUGUAAAGACGAGUAAGGUUUCAUCUGUUUUGACAGAUAGGUCCACUGUCAUAAGCCCGGAUAAUGGCUCCGCUCUCUUGGAUGCAGCAGGGAGCUUGGUUUUGAAUCCAAAUAGGAACGGCCAGGCUGAGAUUGUCGCAAAGGAUUUGGUGCCUUAUAAUGGAACCCUUAUAGAUGUGCAUGAGAAGGGUAUUGGGAUUGUUAAGUUUCUUCAAGGAAAAGGGCUUCUCAUAACCGGUGCAACUGGAUUCUUGGCAAAAGUUCUUAUAGAGAAGAUACUGCGCACUGUUCCUGAUGUUGGUAAAAUUUAUCUCUUGAUCAAGGCAAAGAAUAAAGAAGCUGCAAAUGAAAGAAUGAAAAAUGAAAUUAUUAACACCGAGCUGUUUAAGUGUCUCAAACAAAAACAUGGAAAAUCCUAUCAAGCUUUCAUGUUGAGCAAGCUUGUUCCUGUUGUUGGGAAUGUUUGUGAAUCUAAUCUAGGUUUAGAUGAUGAUAUGGCAACUGCAAUUAUGCAUGACGUUGACAUAAUCGUGAACUCUGCAGCUAAUACCACUUUCGAUGAGAGAUACGACGUUUCUCUUGACAUAAACACCGGUGGACCUAGUCGUGUUAUGACUCUGGCAAAAAAAUGCACGAAGCUCAAACUCUUCUUGCAAAUCUCCACAGCUUAUGUUAAUGGACAGAGACAAGGAAGAGUCAUGGAAAAACCAUUCUGUGUUGGCGAUAGCAUAGCCAGAGAAAGUCACACAUUUGGAAAACCAGGAACCUCUAAUCUUCCAAAACUGAAUGUCCGAGAUGAAUUAGAGUUCGUCCUGGACCCCAAACAAGGUUUAGAAGGCAAUGCAUUGGCUCAAAACAUGAAGGCUUUGGGAUCAGAGAGAGCAAAAAAGUACGGGUGGCAAGACACUUAUGUAUUUACCAAGGCUAUGGGGGAAAUGCUGAUUGAUAAUCUGAGAGGAGAUAUACCAGUAGUGAUAAUUCGACCCAGUGUCAUCGAAAGUACGUACAAAGAACCAUUUCCUGGUUGGAUGGAAGGAAAUAGGAUGAUGGAUCCAAUUGUUCUGUACUAUGGGAAAGGGCAGCUCACUGGAUUUCUAGUAGACCCCAAUGGAGUACUUGAUGUUGUUCCAGCAGACAUGGUUGUGAAUGCAACCCUGGCAGCAAUGGCGAAACACGGGUCUGCGGCAAAAUCAGAAAGCAACAUAUACCAGAUAGCUUCAUCUGUUGUAAACCCAUUAGUCUUUCAGGACUUGGCUGAGUUGUUGUAUCAACACUUCAACUCCUUGCCCUGUGUUGACAGCAAGGGGAGGCCGAUCCACGUGCCAGCCAUGAAACUCUUCAAGUCUAUGGAUGAUUUCUCUUCUCACCUCUGGAGGGACACGAUCCACAGAAUUGGAUUGACAGACUUGCCCAAUCCUAAUAAGAAAGAUUCUCGGAAACUUGAAAAUAUUUGCAGAAAGUCAGUUGAACAGGCAAAGUACUUGGCAAAAAUAUAUGCUCCAUACUCAUUCUAUGGUGGAAGGUUCGACAACAGCAACACAGAGCGAUUGAUGGCAUGCAUGUCCGAGGAAGAAAAACAGAUAUUCGGGUUUAACGUGGGAAGCAUUGACUGGAAAGAUUAUAUCUCAAAUGUUCAUAUUCCAGGGCUGAGGAGGCAUGUAAUGAAGGAAAGAGGGAUGUGCAGCUAAACAUAUACAUGAAUACAUGAUAACUAUAUAUUAAGCCAUUCUACUACAACUCCUAGGCUUCAGCUCAUAUCUCUUGCACAGGGGAUAAUAUGUUAAUUCCAAAAAAUAAUUCUAAUGAAUUUGUGUUCUUUUCUUUUCU